AUGCAACACUUCCACCCCUACCACCACAUCGCCGCCGCCGCCACCUCCACCAUCUCUGCAGAUGUAAAACGCGCCAAGAAGCGCGGCAGCUACAACUGUGGCCGCUGUGGUCUCCCCAAAAAGGGUCAUGACUGCAACGUCAAGACCCCCACCUCCGCUUCUUCCACCACCCCUUCCCAUUCUUCUCUCUCCUCCGCCUCCGCCGUCCAUCAGCCGCCGUCGCACCUCCGCCGGGCACUCUCCUUCGACGACGAUGCUGCCGGCCUCGAUCCGUUGGAGCCCGCGGAUUCAGAAACCGGAUAUGUGGAUCUGGAUUCGUGUGGGUUGCCGGCGAACCUUCUUUGGGAGGUGCUGAGGAGGUUGCCGCCGGCGAGGCUGUUAACGGCGGCGAAAGUGUGCAGGUGUUGGAGGGAAACGACUCGGAGGUUGUGGAGGGCGGCGGAGGAGUUGAAGCUUAGGGUUUCAGCGAGGGUUCAGGUUGGGUUUGUGGCGUCAAUGUUGCAGAAGUGCCCGGGGAUUGUGAAGCUCUCUCUUAGAAUGGAAAGUGACGUGGAUUCGACGAUGCUGGCUUGCAUAGCAUUCUCAUGCCCGAAUUUGGAAUUCAUGGAGAUCGCGGUUUCUGAUACUGCAGUUAAUCGGAUCAAUGGAGAUGAGCUAAGUCGAUUUGUUGCCGAUAAAAAAUGCCUCAAAAGCCUCAAGAUGGAAGGUUGUUCUAAUCUUGGGGGUUUUGUUCUUUGCUCGUCCAGUCUUUCUACCCUUUGGCUGUCUGAUUUGUGCUCACUUUCUAAGAUGGUAUUUAAUUGUCCUCAGUUGAGAGAGAUUUCGUUGGAGUUUUCUCACCAAGAAAAUGAAAGUACCGAUCUCACAGCUAUGGUUGACGGUUUGGGAAGAAGUUGCCCGAGGUUGCAAAACAUGCAUAUAUCUUCAAUGCGGCUUUCUCACGCUGCAGUGCUUGCUCUUACUGCUAAUCAGUUAAGGGGGCUGCGGAUGCUUUCACUUGUUCUUGGAUCUGAAAUUAGCGAUGCAUCUGUUGCUGCUAUUGCCUCAAGUUAUCCAAAUUUGGAAUUGCUUGAUCUCAGUGGGUCCGGCGUUAGUGACAGUAGCAUUGGAAUAAUUUGCAAUGGGUUAUCUGAAACAUUGACCAGACUCCUUCUCGCUCUUUGCCCUAAUGUUACUUCAAGCGGCAUUCAAUUUGCUACGGCUCAAUUGCCGCAUCUUGAACUUCUGGACUGUGGCAUGACCAUAUGUGAACCUAAUUCCCACAAUCCAACUGCUGAUGAAAAUAACUGCAAAUUAGAGAAAACAUCGGUUACUAAUCCACACUUCACAAACCAAAAGCUAAUCAUCAAACAUAGUCGUUUAAAGAAACUUAGUUUAUGGGGAUGCACUGGCUUGGAUGCCUUGUAUUUAAACUGCCCACAACUCAAUGAUCUGAAUCUAAAUUCCUGUAGAAAUUUGCAUCCAGAGAGACUGUUGCUUCAGUGCCCAACUUUAGAAAACGUGCAUGCAUGUGGUUGUCAGGAUAUGUUAGUUGGAGCUAUCCAAAGUCAGGUCUGUAAUGCUUUUACUGCUAUGGAGAACCUUUCACCUUAUAAACGUUUACCUGAUGGCUCCAAAAGGGUUCGGGUUCCUCAUUUAGUCAAUAGCGAGUCGAUCGAGGAUGAAAAGAAGCGAAGGAGAAUUGAGAGACGGCUUUGUAAUGUAGUUGUGGAUUGA